GCUGAUCUCUAUGACCGUCAUUAAGUGUGACUUAAGCCGCAAACGAGGACCAUGACAGGACACCACUGGGGAUACGGAAAAGAGGACGGUCCUUCAGCAUGGCACAGACAGUAUCCAGUUGCCAAAGGGAACCGCCAGUCUCCCAUUGACAUCAUUCCUGAUGAGGCUGGACGUGACAGCAGCCUGGGUCCUAUUUUCCUGAAGUAUGACCAGUGUACAUCUCUUAAAAUUGCUAACAAUGGACACUCUGUAGUUGUGGAGUUUGAUGACUCUGAUGACCGCUCAGUGAUUCAAGGAGGCCCUCUUGACAACCCUUAUAGACUCAAGCAGUUUCACUUCCACUGGGGUGGAAAGGGAUGUGAAGGAUCUGAGCACACUGUUUCAGGAGUCGGCUAUGCAUCGGAGUUGCAUUUAGUUCACUGGAAUGCUGUCAAGUACAAGACGUUUGAGGAAGCAGCAGUGGCUCCUGAUGGCCUUGCUGUCCUUGGCAUCUUUUUAGAGCUAGGUGAUGACCACAGAUGGCUUCACAUGAUAACAGAUGCUCUGUACAUGGUGAAAUUUAAGGGAAGCUCCACAGAUUUCAAAGGUUUCAAUCCCAAGUGCCUCCUACCCAGCAACCUCCACUACUGGACCUACCUGGGGUCACUGACCACACCUCCCUUACACGAGAGUGUCAUCUGGAUUGUCCUGAAAGAGCCAAUCGUAGUCUCCGAAAAGCAAAUGGGGAUGUUCCGACUGCUCCAGUUCAGUGGUGAAGAGGAUGGUCAGAGGAUGCGGAUGGAAAACAACUUCAGGCCUCCUCAGCCUCUCAAAGAGAGGCUAGUACGUUCCUCCAAUUAAGUUCCUCAGUGCAUAUCAGCUUGUAGAAGUCAAAAUCAAUUUCUGUGUUUGUGUGACAGGGCAUGCUUUAUUGCAAUUCUACUUUUUACUGCCAUGGUUGUUUCUCCAAAAGCUUUUUUGAUCCAUUUUGCACAAAGUAACAUUAGCAGGAGUAAGUUUCUGUCAGAACAGAGGUGCAGUUUUUUUUCUGAAAUCUUUGAUAAUUUGUAAAUUAUAUUUUCUAAAAGGUUUUAAAGAUAUCCAUCCAUCCAAUCCAUCCAUCAUUUUCUUACACCCUUGUCCCUAGUGUAUCUCCAGCUAACGUUCCAGGCAAGAGGCAGGGUAUACCCUGGACAGGUCACCAGUCUGUCACUGGGCAACACAGAGACAAACAACCACACACACACACACUUGCAUCUAGGGAGAAUUUAGAAAGACCAAUUCAAUUAACCUGACAGUCAUGUUUUUGGACUGUGGGAGGAAGCUGUAGUACCCGGAGAGAACCCACACAUGCACAGGGAGAACAUGCAAAUUUCAUGCAGAAAGACCCAGAGCCGGGAAUCGGCUGCAAGGCAACAGUGCCUCCGACUGCAUCACUGUGCAGCACCAUCACAAGACAUUUGUAGUAAAAUUUUUUAACCCUCCUGUUAUGUUCUUGGUUAAAUUGAUCCAUUUUAAAGUUUGAACAUUUUGUUCAAAUAGUUGGAAGUAUUUUUUGCAUGCAACUUUUUUGAUUUGUCUUAAUAGGUACACUCUACAUAGAAAUUGAAAAUUUAUUCAUUUUACACAUUUGCACCACCCCCUGCGUCUACUUUUUACAUAGAUACUGUUCGGGUCAAUUUGACCUGGCAGUCAAGUUUUUAAAAAAAUGUCCAGUUCUCUGUUUUUCCUUGCAGCUUAGAGCCAUAUUUCACCACACACACACAAACACAAAAGUAAUAUAAGAAAAUUACCAAAGAUCAAUUUCAAGGAAAUUGUUUUUUGUCUAGGUUUUUUCCAAUUUCCAAUUCCAUUUUUCAUGUCCAAAUGAGUAAAUGAGUGAAUUGUCAUCAUUGAUCCUUAAUUUGAGAAAUAAAAAAAACAUUAUUGCACAAAUAUUGAUUGAAAUGGUUAGUUUUGGAGUUAAUAAUCAGAUACAAAGAUGUUUUGGGGGAUUUUUUUUUAUAUUUCUGACACUAUUGCAUGAUUAAAAAGUCCCAGAGUCAAAUUGACCCACAAACAUUAUUGCUGUACCCCAGAAACGAACAUAACAGGAGAGUUAAGCUUAUAAAUUGAAGAUAAAAGCCUGGUUUGCACUCCAAGGCCAGCAGCAAUUAAUCGAAGAAAGCAAGCAACACUGUGAAAUGAGCAGCAGCCAGAUCUACAGGCUAACAGCCUGACCAUUUAGCACUGAUCCUUUAUCAGCUGUUUAUCUAAAACUGCUCUGUUGUCCAGAAAUCAAAACGGGACAUUUCUCAGGUACCCUGUUGAUGAAUAUUUUAAAAUGUUUCUUACAAGAUCUAUUUUCGAGAUACUUUAUGAUGUGGUGGCAAUAACAGUGUUUGACACCCAACUGAGAAGUGGUUGUUAAAUUAUUGUAGUUUUGUUGCAAGAGAUGUCAUUUCUGGGUGGCUUAAAUAUUGUUAUAAUGUAUCUUUCUGAAAUUUCUCUUGAAGAAAAUAAAAUUCAAAAUAUCA